AACUCACAACACCUUCUUCGAGAAAACAACAAAACCAGGGCGGAGUUAGGGUGCGGCACUUUAGUUUUUCCCUUGCUCGCGCUCGUUGAAUUUGUGACUGCUACGCUUUCUAGGCUCUGCAUUUGCUUGUUGCAGACACUGAUCACUGGUGACUGGCAAUUUUUUCCUGAAUACCUGGAGUAUGCCAGUUCUUUUCAGCGGUCUUGCACGUUUACGGUCAUUUCAGCCUCGUUUUCUGUGUCCAAGCCUUUAUCAAAUAUAUGUCGUGCAAACAAGUUUUCUAUAGUGGCGGAAGUUGUGGUGGGUGGUUUUUGAAGGUUUUGUCUCUCCUCCCAACCCCCAACCCCUCUCUACCUGCAAGACAAAUCUCCAACCCUGUUUUCAUAUCAGUGUAAUUUUUAAUUCCAACCAAUAACCUCUUGUUUCAUGCCUAAAAAGUGUUUGAGCCAGACUGAAUGAUUGACUUUUGCAAUAUUUAUGAGAAUGUUACCAGUCCGAGUUUGAUUAAGAAUCUGUUGUUGUUGCUGCUCCUGUGUACCAGAGUGAUGUAUGUUGAGUGGAAGUCACUGAGGCAUUCGUCGUAGGGAAUUGGCAUCAUAAACAUCUUUAUUUGGAGUUCAGAGGCAUGGGUACCAUGUUUAUCUUUUGAACAGUGAUUGAGCUGAAGCAAAACAAUGGGUACUAUGAUGCUUUCAAAGGCCAAGAAGCUAGCUCUGGGUCCAAAAUGUCUGGUUCAGCAGACACCAAGGACUCUCACAACUUUAGCUGGUGUUUUCAACAAAUGCUUUUCAGAGAAUUCAAGAAAACUUGAUGACAAUGGUGUUGGUUUAUUUGGGAUUAGGGAGCUUAAAAGUCCUGAUGGAUUUCAAAUUCUAAAGGAUUCAGUUAUGAACAAAUGCAGCAAUUUGAUUCAGGAGGCAAUUCAAAACCAAAACUCUCCUCGAAUUGUUGCCAUUUUUGAUGAAAUCUCAGAUGAGCUGUGCAAAGUAGCAGACCUUGCUGAGUUUGUUCGUUUGACUCAUCCUUCAAAAAUGUAUGCCAAGGCAGCAGAGCAAACUAGUUUGGGACUAGGUGCUUUUGUUGAAAAGCUUAAUACCAAUACUGAAUUGUACAAAGCACUUAAUCAUGCACUCAAAGAUAAAAAUGUAUCUGGUGCAAUGGAUGACACAACAAAGCAUGUUGGAAAUCUUUUUCUGUUUGAUUUUGAGCAAAGUGGAAUACAUUUAGAGAAAAGGAAAAGGGAAGAAGCAGUCAAUCUGCAUGAAAAGAUUCUUUCCUUUGGUGCAGAAUUUUCACAUAACACAGCUUUGCCAAGUAAAUACCCAAUGAAGAAUUGGCCCCAAGAUGUAAGAAUUCCAUUUAGAAUAUCCGGUGAUAAAAUAAUUGUUAACAGUCCUUGUUCUGACUCUUCAAACAGUCUUUUAAGAAAAGAAGCAUAUAAGGCAUUUUACAUGCAUACUGAUGACCAUUUAGCCGUUCUAGAAAACUUGUUAUCAUGUAGGAACCAGCUAGCAAACCUUCUUGGCUUUCAAAGUUAUGCAGAAAGAUCUCUGAAAGGAAUGAUGGCACAAAGCCCAGACACUGUUAUGUCAUUUUUGCAUGAAUCAUUAAGUCUCUUAAGAAGCUCUACUCAAACUGAGCUUGACACAAUAGCCAAAUGGAAGCUGCAUGAUGUUAGUAGUAGCAACACAGUGAACAUGUGGGAUGUAAGGUAUUACACCAGUCAUAUUGUCUCCCAAAGCUUCACACUUUCAGCUAGGAAGCUCUCUGAGUAUCUGUCUCUUGGUGCUUGCAUGGAAGGCCUUGACAUGUUGUUCAAUGAACUUUAUGGAGUGAGGCUCAAUAAUGUGGAUGCAGAACCAGGUGAGGUGUGGGCUGAUGAAAUUCAGAAGCUGGAGGUCAGGCAUGAAGAUGAGGGAACACUUGGUUACAUUUAUUGUGACUUUUUCAGUCGUCCUGGGAAAAUUGGCCAAGACUGUCACUUCACAAUUAGAGGUGGGAAAGAACUGAAGGACGGUUCCUAUCAGUUGCCAGUGGUUUGCCUUGUGUGCAACUUUCCUUCACCCACGAACUCUCUGCCACCAUUGCUCACGAUCGGUAUGGUCGAGAACCUGUUUCACGAGAUGGGCCAUGCAAUGCAUUCCAUGUUAGCCCGUACAAAAUAUCAACAUGUGACUGGAACACGAUGCUCGACCGACUUCGCGGAGGUGCCGUCUGUUUUGAUGGAAUCAUUUGCGCUUGACCCAAGAGUACUUAAACGGUUUGCCAAGCAUUAUGAGACAGGCCAGUCAUUGUCAGAUGACUUCAUUCAUAAGCUACAUCUGUCAAAAUCGAUGUUUACGUCAUUGGAGACAACCACGCAAGCUUUUUACGCUCUUAUUGACCAAGUGUACCAUGGCAAGCAUCCACUGGGUAGUUCAACCACUGAAGUACUGGCACAGCUCCAAAAAGAUUAUUUCCCUAUUCCAUAUGUCCAAGGAACAGCCUGGCAACUUCGCUUCAGCCAUUUCCACAGCUACGGAGCAAGGUACUACUCCUACCUAUGGUCAAAAGCUGUAGCUGCACUUAUAUGGGGACGAUUCUUCAAAGAAGAUCCCUUUUCCAGAUCUUCGGGUGAGCGAUACAGGAGAGUGAUGCUCGCCCAUGGAGGAGGAAUACCAUCACAGCAGUUGGUCAAUGAUAUGUUGGGAGAAGACAUUUCACCAAAAGAACUCGUCAGGUCUUUGAAAGACGAGCUGGAGAUUUGAAUCGUGUUGCAUUUUUGAAAUAUAUGUAUUUUGCUAUCACUUUACCAAAGACAUGUUUUUAACCUGAACGAGAGACUUUUUAAAAGUCUAUAAUUAGCCUCAUAUUUCGUUUAGGUUAUAGGUCAAAAAGCAUAGGCUAAUAUUUUUAACAUUGAUAAGGAGAGACAUAUAAAACGACAUAUUUUUUACAAAUCAAGGGCUGACUGAAGGUGAUGAACUUUAUGUGAAAUAAUGGCUUCUGCAUUUAAUGUUGCCUUUACCGAAGUUUCUGCCAUAUCGUGACUUUUAUAAAGCCAUAAAGAGCCACGUCACGCGCUUGCUGUUAGACCCGAAAGAGAGCCAGAUGAGGACCAAUGAUGUUUUAGUAAUACUCGCUGUGAAUAUAUAUAUUUAAGAAGCUAAUGCACCCGAUUUUAUGUUGAGCUAUUUCCAGGUGCAACAUUUUAGUCGUGGUUACUUGUAAGCAAAUAUUUUGAAAGGCCAAAAUAUUCAAAAUGAGGCAUUCAAUCUUUGUCAAAAAAUAUUUGAGAAUUUUCAGAAAUAAAUGAUAACCACUCUUGGUGACUAUGAAAGUAGACAUUCUUCACCCGUUUUUGUUAUGUCGGCCUAAAAGAGUGAGAUAAAAUUGCAUGACAAUACUCACUCCGCGAGUCUAAAGAUUCUGAACGUCGAUGGAAAAAAUUACCUUAUUAGUGAUUCUGAACUCAAGCGCACUAACGAAGUAAAAACGGGUGUUCGCUCAAGGGUAAGUGCUUUAACAGGUCCUUUUGGACUUACACUGGUAGCAAACGUCAGUCUUGUAUCGAUAAAUGAAUGAUUUUGUGACAAUUUAAAUGACACAAACAGUAGGCAGAAAUCCCUGCUUGGAGCGAAAAAGAAGUAUGCUUGCUUACUGGUUAUAUCUACCUACCGAGACGCUUGUUCUUGUAGGUACUAUUACAGAUCUGCGUGUCUUCGCUGGACUUGGUGGGUCGAUUGACAGCCGGGUGUCCGUAUUCUUUGACAUACUUCGAAGUAGACCACUGUCGAUACGGUCCAAUGCAAGUGCCCUUGAGGAAUUAUAUCUGAAUCCGAGAAUGUAAACCAAGGCCAAAAAGUGGGGUUAUUAAGUGAUACACUUGCAACACAGUACCCUUUAAACUUUUUGCACUUGCUGUUUCAUCCCCACUCAGCCUCUCUCGGCAAAAGAGCCCCACAGUUCUUUUGCCGAUUAUGUAUGACUUAAGAAUAAAGAAAUCUUAUUUAGCCAUCUGAAUAAAUUUUAAUACUGUUAAAGUUGCCUGAAAAUUUGGAGUAUAUUGGCAAUAUUCGUGUUUUUGUAUUUUCAUAUUUUGAGUGAAUUUGUCGCUUUUAAAGCAUAGCUGAAUAUAUAACUAUGGUUACAUAUAAAUUAUAAGUUCUAUUUUCAAA